AUGGCGCCUGGACCACCGAAUCCAGCCCCCCGGCGGCGCGCCUCCGAGGAUAACGCGCCCUUUGACCCGCGGUCCAUGUCGGGCCUCAUCUCCGUCAAGGACAUGGGGAGCCGAGUGGCCGAGGCACCGGCAGACGGUGGAAAUGCCCCUUUGACUUCUGCCAAAAACAGCAGCAGCACCGCGGCCCUCGGCCCGCCCAUCCCCGCGGACCCCCUCGGCGUGCCGGGCCUGGCCGCCGCAUACUACAGCGACCUCGCGGUGGAGCAGAUCUCGUACCGUCCCUCGGACCCCGCCAACAGGGCCAGUUUCGAGCUCCUCACGGCCGAGGUGCGGGGCUUCAUUCCCGACGAGCCGCACGGCGUGAUUCUCCUGGCCGCAGACGCCAUCUUGGAGGUUCUCAAGAGCGACGACAGCUCUGUUGGCGACAAACGCAGGCGCGUCGAGACGCUCCUAUCCCGGAAGCUCGACGACAUGGAAACGGCUCUGCUUGUGGCGCUUGCAGGCAGGAUCACGGACCACGGGGCCGCGGCCGGCGCGGAGGGCUCUGCCAACGGCGACGGCGCGGUGGCGGUGGUGUUUGAGGACGACGAAAACGAGGACCGCGCCGCGCCGGUUUUGGAGCCCGAGAGCCCGCCGAGCCCCGGCCCCGGCGCGGGUGCCGGCGGGGCCUUGGACGCGGACGCGCCGCCGCGGGCACUUCCCGAAAGCGGCGUGACGAUUGCGGCCAAACCCGGCGCCGCGGCGCCGCCUCCCAUCGCCCUCAAAGACGUGACGAAGGACUUGCUUUUCCGCAUGCUUCUGAAAGCGGAGCCCGGCAAGGACCGCCAGGACGUCGUGGAUACAUGCAGGGCCAUCUCCAAGGCCAUCAUGAGCAAGGACGCCGGCGCGGCCGCCUUGGAGGCGUCUCUCAUGGACAUCUUGCAGUACCAGCACCUCGAGCUCGUCAAGUUCUGCGUGCAGAACAGGGACCGGAUUGCCUGGGCGACCCGCUUGCGCGCCAACAGGGCCAAGACCAUCGAGGAGUUGAGGGCCGCGGGCGCAGCGGAGCUUCUAGCGGAACUUGGCGAGGCCCCGCGCAAGCGGAGGCUCUCGGCCGCCAGCCCAGAGGACCCCAAGCGCAUGAAGACGGCCACGGACUCGCCCAGCGCCGGGGCCGCGGAAAACCCCCGCUCCCCCGCCGCGCGGCAACCGCGAGUCGUCGACCUUGAGGGUCUUGUUUUCGACCAGGGCCCGCAGCUCAUGGCCGCCGCCAAGGUCGUGCUUCCCAAGGGCUCCUUCCAGCAGAACAAGAAGCUCUACGACACAAUCAGCGUGCCUGCGCCUGCAGGGCCGCCGUCGUUGGAGGACGCGGGCGAGAAAUUGGUGGCCAUCGGCGACAUGCCCGCGUGGGCGCGGCCGGCGUUUCCGUCGGCUGAGACCUCGACGUUGAACCGCAUCCAGUCAAAGGUGUACCCGGCGGCGUUUCUUUCCGACGACAAUCUCCUCUUGUGCGCGCCCACCGGCGCCGGGAAAACAAACGUGGCCAUGUUGGCCGUGCUAAGAGUGCUCCACAACUUCCGCAACCCCGACACGGGCAAACUCGACUUGAAGGGCUUCAAGGCCGUGUACGUGGCCCCCUUGAAGGCACUAGUGUCGGAGCAAACGCGCGAAUUCCAGAGACGCCUCUCGGCUGAGUAUGGCAUCGUGGUGAAUGAGCUCACGGGUGAUCUGUCCCUCAGCCAAAAGGAGAUUGCCGAGACGCAGGUUCUCGUGACAACGCCCGAGAAGUGGGACGUGGUGACGAGGAAGGCCACGGACGCCCUGUAUACCAAGCUCGUCAGACUAUUGAUCAUCGAUGAAAUCCACCUCUUGCACGACGACAGAGGGCCCGUUCUAGAAAGCAUCAUAGUCAGGGCCAAGCGGCUGCCCGACACGCGGCUCGUUGGACUCUCCGCCACUUUGCCCAACUAUGAGGACGUCGCGCAGUUCUUGGGCGUCAACUUGAAGCUGGGGCUCUUCUACUUCGACGCGCUGUUCCGGCCGUGCCCCUUGGAGCAGCAGUUCAUCGGGAUCAAAGAAAAGAAGGCCAUUUUGAAGGUUGCCGCCAUGAAUGAGGCCUGCUACGAGAAAGUCGUGGAGUGUCGCAAAAACGGACAUCAGGUCAUCAUCUUCGUCCACUCCCGCAAAGACACCGUGAAAACGGCCAAGUGGCUUGCUGAAAAAGCUGCCGAUAACAAUGUCGCUGUGAGCAACCCGAGCGUUGGAACACAGGAAAUUUUGAAGCAAGAGGGGGAAAACGCGCAAAACAGAAACCUCGCCGAAGUACUCCCCACCGGCUUUGGCAUUCACCACGCUGGCCUCAACAAGGCUGAUAGGAGCGUGGUGGAAGAUCUUUUUGCCCAAGGCCAUAUCCAGGUCCUUGUUUCGACUGCCACCUUAGCGUGGGGUGUCAACUUGCCGGCGCACACUGUGAUCAUCAAAGGAACAGAAACGUACAACCCUGAAAAGGGCUCCUGGGUCCAGCUCUCGCCCCAGGAUAUUCUUCAAAUGCUUGGCCGUGCUGGUAGACCGCGCUAUGACGUCUCGGGAGAAGGUGUCAUCAUCACUGCUCAAGAUGAGCUCCAAUACUACUUGGCCAUUUUGAACCAGCAGCUCCCCAUCGAGUCCCAAUUCAUGAGCCGCCUAGCCGAUAACCUAAAUGCAGAAAUCGUGCUUGGCAAGGUGCGCUCUCGCAAUGACGCUGUUGAGUGGUUGGCGCAGACUUACUUGUACAUUCGAAUGCUCAAGUCACCCAAGCUUUAUCAAGUCGGGGCUGAGUACGAGAAUGACGAAGCAUUAGUUUGGAAGCGGACUGAUUUGGUGCACUCGGCUUUGGUGAUCUUGCAACAACAUAAACUUGCUCACUAUGACGCCUCAACCGGACAAGUUGCUGCUUCUGAAUUGGGACGAGUGGCCGCCCACUUUUACAUUGGUCAUGAAACGAUUGCGGUUUACAAUGCCAAUCUCAAGCCUUGGAUGUCGGAAAUCGACGUUCUCCAAAUAUUCUCCUUCUCUGGGGAGUUCAAGUACGUUCCCGUCAGGCAAGAGGAGAAAAUAGAGGUCUCGAAGCUUUCAGAAAAGUGCCCGAUCGCCAUCAAAGAGAACCCCAGCGACCCGCAUGCCAAGAUAAACGUCUUGCUUCAGGCUUACAUUACCAGGUUAAGACUUGAGGGGUUUGCCCUCACGGCUGACAUGAUCUACAUCACACAAUCCGCUGGAAGGUUGUUGCGUGCCAUUCACGAAAUAUGCUUGAAGAAGAAGUGGGCCCAGCUUGCUCGGGUGACUUUGGAUCUUUGUAAAUUCGUGGAAAGGAGAAUGUGGAACACCAACUCCCCCUUCAGGCAGUUUGGUGACCUUGCACCAGCAAAUGUCAUAAAAGCAACUGAAGCGUCGCACUUGCCAUUCAUGAGCUAUUUCCAAUUGAGUGCAGCCGAGCUUUCUGAGGCAAUCAACUUCAAAGGCAGUAGUCAGCUUGCUUAUGAUUUGCUUCGGCAGUUUCCCAAACUAUCCGUUGAAUGCCAGGCCCAGCCUAUCUCACCCACUAUGGUCAGGGUUCUGGUGGAUGUGUACCCCGAAUGGGAGUGGAACUGGAAGAUACACGGCUCGUCUGAGUCAUUUUUGUUGCUUGUGGAGGAUUGUGAUGGCGAGCAAAUUUUAUACGACGAAAUUGUGAAAAUCACACCAAAAACGGUCAACAGAGGCUUUGCGGUCGAUUUCACUGUGCUGACUCCAGACCCUUUACCGCCUGCCAUGUUUGUCGCUUUCAGCAGUGAAAAAUGGCUCCACUCUCAAUGGAGGGCUCCUAUCAAGAUGUUUGAUAUGCGUCUUCCCAAGGUACCACAUAACUCAACGGAAGUUCUUGAUGUGCAAAGUGUUCCUACAAGCUCAUUGAAAAAUGAUUCUUUUGAAAAAACUUUCUCCUUUUCUUACUUCAACAAAUUCCAAUCUCAGUGUUUCCACUCCCUUAUGAACACGAACGAAAAUGUAUUCAUUGGGCUUUCCAAAGGAUCUGGUAAAACAGCCUGUGCGGAGUUGGCAAUUUUGAAUACUUGGAGGCAGAACAAGCAAAGAGUGGUGUACAUUCUGCCCACUGCAGAGCUAGUAGAAAGACAACGAACCGUAUGGGCCAAGAAAUACGCGAGAUUCACAGAGCCUCCCAAAGUUGUGGCAAAACUUACUGGAGAUUUAUCUGCGGAUGCAAGAGUAUUAGCACAGAGCCACUUGGUGCUCGCAACUCCCGAACAGUUCGAUGCAGUGUCUCGUCGUUGGCGCCAAAGAAAAUCAGUGCAGCAGCUAGACCUCUUGAUUGCCGAUGACAUACACAUGGUAGGCAGUGGCUCUCAAGGCGCCGUAUACGAGACUGUCCUUUCCCGAAUGAGGUUCAUGACAGCUCAUCUUGGUCGUGAACUUAGAAUUGUUGGUUUAUCCCAUCCGUUGACAUACGGCCGAGAAAUUGCAGAUUGGUUGGGCUGUAAGAAGCCGCACGUUUACAAUUUCGACCCAAUGGCCAGGUUCCGUCCAGUUCAGGAAAUCAAAAUUCUACCCUACACAGAGCCGCAGUUUUUGGAAGCUUUUGUGAAGAGCUGUUCGGAGGCUGUGAUAGGCAAGUGUCCGGAAACCUCUUUGGUCUUCGUGCCCACGAGAAAAACUGCAAUGAAUAUAGUAUCCGUGGCAUUAGAAUCGAAAGAAACCUUUCUUACGACAGACUUAAGUGAAAUCAAGUCUUUGACGGACAAAGUUCUGGACGCGCAGCUACAACAAGCCUUAGAGAAAGGAAUUGGUCUUUAUUACGAGGGUAUGAAUGCAAGAGACCAGCUCAUUGUUGAAAAGUUGCUCGAGAACAAGCUUGUUGGUUUUGUUCUUGCGACGAAAAACACAUCAAACUACGCACCACAAGCCGAUAAUGUCAUUAUUUUUGGCUCACAAAGCGCGGACGAUCAUCAUGCAAAUGACUAUUUUCUCAAUGAUAUUUUGAACAUGGUGGGAUGUUGCGCGAACGGGAACGUAUUGGCUUACCUAUAUGGCCCCAAAGUCGCAUACUACUCCCAUUUCUUGAGCAAUUCAUUGCCCGUAGAAAGCAACUUGAACUUCAGUUGCCAGGAUGUUUUCAUGCAAGAGAUCGCAGCAAGGACUUUUCUGACCAAACAAGAUUGCAUCGACUGGAUCACAUACACCUUAUUCUAUCGACGCUUGACGCAGAACCCCAGUUUCUACGGGCUUUCAGAUGUCAGCCACAUUGGAAUCUCGGAAUAUCUUUCAGAAUUGGUUGAAACCACUUUAGAAGACUUGGAGAAGGCUGACUUGGUCGAGAUCGAAGAUAACGAUGACGAAAAUGACACUGAUGAUGGCACGGACGAGGAGGAGGAAGAGCGUCUUUCGCCUUUGAAUGGGGCCAUGAUUGCAGCCCAUUAUACAGUACUGUUCCAGUCCAUGAAAACAUUGGGUCAGUUGACCAGCAAGGCUAGAUUACGAAACAUCAUCGAGGCGAUCACUUCUGCGUCCGAAUUCGAUGACGUUCCGGUGCGGCCAGAUGAAGAGGCGGUUCUCUCGAAAAUUGCCCGUCAAGUGCCCUUGAAGUUGGCUAGCGACACAGAUUUCAUGUCGUCGCAGGUCAAGGCAUUCUUGUUGGUCCAAGCGCAUCUCACCCGAAUCAGGUUGCCGGCGGAAUUGGCUCUCGAUCAAAAGAAACUUCUUCCGCGGGUCCUUAAAUUGGCGCAUGCAUGUGUCGACACUCUUUCUAGUGAAGGAUAUUUGAAUGCGCUCCAGGCCAUGGACUUGUCUCAAAUGGUCGUUCAAGGAAUGUGGAAUCGGGAGAGUCCGCUCCGGCAAAUUCCUCAUGUGAAUGAGGGCAUGUUACAGCGAGGCAAGAAGUACAAUGUGGAGACCAUCUACGACAUAAUGUCGCUCGAGGACGACGAGCGCGACGAGGUGCUUCAACUCGAAGGCCGCCAGCUCCAAGAUGUGGCGGAGUUUGUCAACAAAUAUCCGAACAUCGAUGUGCUGUACGAGUUUGACACGUCUUCUACGGUGAAGGCCGAUGAGCCUCAAACCAUAUUGGUCACUGUGGAGAGAGACGAAGAGCCCGAGGAUCUUGAGGUUGUCUCGUCGCGGUAUCCGGAGAAGAGGACGGAGACGUGGUGGAUUGUGGUUGGAGACUUCGAGACACGCCAGUUGUAUGCAAUUAAGAAAACACAGGCGCCUCGUGAGUCACAAACCAUUGCGGUGGAGUUUUCUAUCCCGACUCCUGGGAAACACAAGUUGACCGUGUGGUGUAUGUGCGAUUCCUACAUUGAUGCCGACAAGGAAAUGGCUGUGGAAAUCGAUGUUGUUGAGUGA